GGGAGAGUCAGAGUGCGAGAGAGCCAUUCCUGCCCUCUGUCUCUACAUAGCACUGCCUGUGUGCACGCGUGCGUCUUUCACUGUGUUCUCUCUCUCUCGCUCACACACGCACACGGGAACAUGCAGACGAGGACACACAGACCAAGGGAGGGAGAGUGAGAAAGUGAGAGAGAGAACACAUCGCAGCAGAGAUGCAGCACAAGGUUUUCCGAGACUCUUGGAAAACGGGUAGAGGGAUAGAUUUGAUCAGAUUAGGAUCAGGAUCAUGGUGUUGGGAAAGGACGGCCCUCCACACCUGCACUGAACUCUUGGAGCUAAAUGUAUAGUGCAUGGCAACCCUGUCCUGUUUUAUAACAAGAUAAUCAAAGAUGCAAAAUGUCACAUACAUCUGAGAGACAUCGUCUCUAAACUUGACCUCCAUGAACUGCCGUCUUGGUCUGACACUCCUGUUCUUCACCAUCUUUCAAUCAUCAAUUUCUGUGGUGAACGCAUAUCUAGAAUUGACACUCUUUUAAUAAUUUUCCUGGACCUUGCUGGAUUACAGCUAGACCUCUGGAUUAGCAAUCUGUUUUAGGCUAAUUAUAGCCUAUAGGAUCCAAUGAAACACAGGAAUAAACAGAUGAGAGGAGACAGGAUGGGAGAGGGCACGGAUGAGGUGGACAGUGCCAAUACUACGAGGAUAUCUCUCAGUUUUCCCAUCAGUGCUGGACUGCCUGGCUUUUCUGCACAGAAGCUCUGCUCCUCAUCCCAUCCCACUUCCUCUUCAGAUGUUCGUAACAGAGAUGGCUCAGAUGGCACGGCAUGGAUGGGGGAAGCAUUCAGAGACAAACAGUUAUCCAAAACACCACCAAAAACUGAACGCCUGCAAUGCUCUUCCUCCUCCUCCUCCUCCUCCUUCCCUGUUGAUUUAAUUGCUCCAAUCAGUAAGAACUGCAAGUCCUCUCUGUCCUUUUCUGUUGAUGGUAGUGGUUCUCAAUACCCAACAUCUCCCUUACAACACUCUAAUAAAACAGACUAUUCAAAAGAGACAGCUGGGGUUAGUCUCAAUAAUGGGUACAAAGAGCAUUCAACAACAGAAACAGCACACAUCCUUUUCAACCUCAGUGCAAGAGCCUACCAGGACCAAGGUGUAAAGGACCCAGAGUGUUCGAAAGGCAAAAAACGGAAGGCAAACAGCCUCCAUGUUGAACUGAGCCUCCCUCUCCCUAACAUCGACCCUCACUCCUCUUCCUCAACCCCUCCUCCUUCCCCCUCGUCUGUCUCUCUGACUUCCUCCCCCUUGACUCUCCCCACUCCGUCUUUCCAUGACUCCUUUAGGCCAGUGCCGAAGCCAGAACUACUGUGUGGGGUGUGCCACCGUCUGUUCAGCACUGCCUCGUCCCUCACUGUCCACAUGCGUCUCCAUCGGGGGGGACGAGUACUCAGCUGCCGCCACUGUGGCAAAGCCUUCAUCCAUAAUAAAAGACUGCAAUCCCAUGAGGCCACCUGCAGGCAAAGGCUGCCAGCUUUUCCAGUUCAACCCAAAGAAGAGCCCCUGGAGGCGGGUGAAGUGGAGGGGGAGAGAGCAGAUGAGUGUGCAGAGCCAGAACAGCUUGGACAAGGAACAAGGCCUGGCCGACCCUUAAAGAAAGUGCAAGACGUUAAUGGCCUUCAUGCAGAAACACUGACUUGUCCGGAUGGCCUGGGGGAAGACGAUCACUUUGUAAAAGUGGUGGAUGGACACAUAAUUUACUUUUGCUCCGUGUGUGAGCGCUCUUACAUGACUUUGUCCAGCCUAAAGCGACACUCCAAUGUGCAUUCGUGGCGCAGAAAGUACCCCUGUCACUACUGUGACAAAGUUUUUGCUCUGGCUGAGUACCGCACCAAACAUGAGGUGUGGCACACUGGUGAAAGGCGCUACCAGUGCAUAUUUUGCUGGGAGGCGUUUCCUACCUACUACAACCUUAAAACACACCAAAAGGCUUUUCAUGGAAUCAACCCUGGCUUAAUCUCAAGUGAGAAAACAGCCAAUGGUGGCUACAAGCAGAAGGUCAAUGCUCUUAAAUUGUACCGCUUGCUGCCCAUGCGCUCUCUAAAGCGACCUUAUAAAACAUACAGUCAGCCAAUGGUUGACGGGCUACUCACUUCUGAUUCAUCAGUUACUCUGCCUUUAACUCUGGAUGGCAGUCUCCAACCACCUCUGGACACAAAGAAAUUGGAGUCUUACCUUAAAGAUCUUCAAACCCCAGAAAUCAACACUGAACAUGAAGGAUUCCCUAUGAGAGUGGGUGUAGAGCAGGGUAAAAAACUAGAUGCUGCACAAACAGACAUGGCAUUAGAAGCCAGAGAGACAAAAGGGUCAGAUUUACUGUCAGGCAGUAACAAUGGCAAAGACAAAACUCCAAAGAGCCCAGAAGGAACUGUCUCUUCAGUUAUUACAUUUGCACACAGCAAACCCUCGGUCAUCAUGCACAGUACUGCAGUUUCUUCUGUCAUUGUUCAUAGAAAUAAGAUGUCCUCUGAGGAGAGGAAAAAAAAUCAAGAGAAUCACCCAAUCGUAAAGACGGCUCAAAAACAGAUAAAGAAACAUAGCCAGAGAGAUCACAUGGACACAUACAGGGAAUGGGACACUGUCGAUUUAGAUAAAGAGGUCUCAAAAAUCAGGCAGCCAACAGAGAAACUUCACAAGGGACGAAAAGCUCACAGUAAAACAGAGUCAACUAGGGCAACACCCACAGCAAUGGGAUCAGAUGUCAAAGGCAGUGGUCCACUUUGUCAGAUUACUGUGCGUAUAGGGGAGGAGGCCAUUGUCAAGCGGAGCAUUUCUGAAACAGACCUAAUGAGGGACAAAAGCCCUACACUCAGCAAAUCCAAAAAGAGUAACCUCUUACUGGAUGAACAGAGAGAACAACGACACACCCAUCAUCACCAGCGUAAACACCACAACUUUAGCCAGGAAGGAAAGGAGGGGGAGCGCAAAUGGAAAAACCCUAAACUGAAAAGCAAGGUGAGGAAAUACUUCUUCCGCCAGGAGGUCAGGGAAGAUAGAAAAGACCAUGAUGUGGAGGACAACCUGUGGAGGCCUUACUAUUCUUACAAACCCAAGCGAAAGGCCCUUCAUAUGCAGGGGGCUAAAGCCUGGAAGCGCAAAAUGCACUACAAACAGUCCCUGAGGCCUAUGAGAAGAGCUGAGAGGCUCAUGAAAAAUUUGAACAAAGAGGUUGAUGGGGAAGAUGCAGAUGAGAGAGUGAGAGGGAGACAGGAAGUGAAUAAAGAGCAGAGAGAAGUUAGCAAUCUACAGAAAGUUCAAGUCAAAGAAACCCCACAAACUUUUCCUGUCCCUUCAAGAACAGAAAAGGAGAAAGAAAAGGGAACUCAAGGAAAUCCGGAUCUUCCUCUCCCUUUAUCUGUCCCUCAGACUACACUCAAUCCUCAAUACACAGUCUCCUCUAUUAUCAAGCAACGAUGGUCAGAAGGUCAGGCUUCUGAGUGUGGGACAUGUGGCCGUUGGUUCUCAAGCCAGAGGAAGCGAGACAAGCAUGAGCUGACACAUCUGUUUGAGUUUGUGUGCAUGCUUUGCAGAGCUCCUUUCCCCUCACAGUCCAAGCUAGAGGAACAUCAGAGAACUCAGCAUCCCAAAAACAAGCCUCUGUCUGUCCCUACUUUCCUAACUUCCCAGACACUGAGAAAUGAGCUGGAAAUGAAAGCUGAUGAGAAUGGUGUGAAUGGACGAUCCAUAGAGAAAGGCAGCCCAGUUCGCUUGGGAAGGAGGCCUCUGAUCAGAUAUACAUGUUCACAAUGUGAUAAGGUCUGCAAAACCUCUGCCGCACUCAACUGCCACCUCAAGCGACAUGAGUUAGGCAGUUUAACAGAGCUUAAAAACACAGAGCAAAAGCAGGACAGGCCAAGUUGCACACUUUCUGCCACAGAGACUGCAACAAGCAAAGAUUUAGACACAAAUAGUGAGCAAGUGCAGCCUGUAUCUGUCAUAUAUUAUUCAAAACCAGACAGUAAAAUCACUGACAACCAACUGGAUGAGAAGAUGGAUGAACACCAAAGAGUCAGCAAUUGUGAAAGCCCAAAAUUGGCAACCAAUGACAAAGUCAACAUUCCUCUUUGUACACAGUUCUCCCAAGUUACACACAGCUCCACUUUAGAAAGAUUUAAUGUCAUACCUCCUAACCUCCCUAGUGUACUAGUAAAGAAUGGUGCAGAGUGCCUAGACUACAGGACACCAGAGAAACGAAAUUUAGACACACAAGAUCAGCAGAAAAGUAGUCCCACGCCAAGUGAUAGGCAAAUCCAAGUUUCUCAAAUGCUUACAGACCCUCAGUUUAGAAGAGAAACAACUCCAUCUGGGCCCAUAUCAUUAAAAACAGGCAGAGGCUGUGUGUUUAGCCAAGGGAUAGGAACAGCCACACAGAGAGAAGGUGACAUUAUUCUGAAUGAAGAUAACAGUGAUUCACAAGAUGUUCAGGAUUUAAGAACAUUUCCUCAUUCCAGGAACCAAGCCCAAGAUUUAUCCAUGCCUAAAAUACAGAAAAAGAGGGAGCUUGAUCAACAGAUUACACAUCCAUCCAACAUCUUAAAGGAACAAUCCCGUUAUGAGGACGUGUCAUUGCUUGUGCCCAAAGAGGAACCACUCAGUCCUGUACCAUCUCCUACAUGCUCUGUCAUUCAAACCACUCCGAAAAGACCUUCUCAAAGGUAUUCAACAUCACCUUGUCACUCUCCAGGACCCUUAGACCUACAGUUGCGGCCUCAGCUAGAGCAAAGCCAAUCACACAGAGGAAGGAACAAUACAGAAAAACAGGGUCUCAUGCUGACAGCGAAUUCAGCUGGGGUGAGUGAUCCUCCUCCUUCCCACACUCUGCUCCAUCCUCAGGUGCCCACGGAAGAGACUGAAUCAAAGGACCACACCUCUUUCACCCAUACAGAAUACCACAGGGGCUCAGGCUACCCUGUUCAAGAGCUUACACUUCCUCUGAUCAUACCAGGAGGGUACUGCUCUGGAAAGAAUCAGGAGGAGCAAAUCCUGAUGUCUUACCCAACUGGACCCCUACCUUUUCCUCCACUUGGGAAGAUGGUUCCCCACUCUGACUCAACUAAACUGCCCUUUUACCCAGACCCCUAUCACCUACUGUAUGGCCCACAGCUACUGCCAUACCCCUAUAACCUUGCUGCCCUUCCAAUGGCUCUAAAUAUGAUGGCAUCAGGAGACAAAGAACCCUUGCCCUUCAUGCCUUUUUUCAAUUACGCCGCCACUGCUGCUCCUUUAACAGGCACAGUACCCCAUCCUUUAGUGGUGAACCCCAACCUAUUCAACAGUGGCGGCAGCAGUAGCACAAAGCAGGACAACUCAUAAGUGAGUACACAAUGGCAGCAAGGGAAUAUAUCUAAAACAGCUGAUUAGGCCUUUAAGGGUGUAUAUGUUGUUUUUUUCUGUUUGUUAACCGAACACUUUUGCACAGCUCUUCUCUUUUGUAAAGCAGCAAAAGCAUAGGCAUACAUAGGAAUCAAAUAUGGUGGAAAAAUGGAGGGGUGUCUUGACACUAUAUGAGAAGGAUGUAAGGGGGUGAAGAACAGAAAAUAUAUAACACCCCCUUCAGGCACUGCCAAGAUGCACCUCCAACACACCGCUUAUUUGCCACUUCUGUAGUGUUGUUAGAGCUUGGAUAUCCGUCCUCCCAGAGUCAUUUAUAUUAGGUAUAACAUGUGAACAAUAACAGAUAACAUGAUGUGUUUUGCUAAAUGAAUUCUGUCUGCUUCUCAUAAUAAGGAAAAUAUAACAAUAAUGAUGACAAUAAUAGUUAUUUUAAUUAUACAGCUUACAGUAAUAAAAGGAGGCUUUUUAUUGAAAGAAAAAUGUCAUGCCUGAAGAGGCUCAACAUACUCAGCACACAGGAAAGGUUAAUGCAGCAGCAGUUGUGUGUAUGUGUGUGUGUAUAGUGUGUGAAUGUGUAUAGAGAUAAUGCAUGGAAAAUAUGGGGUAGCUCAUAGUGUCAUAUCUUGCAACAUCUGUACUUCCAUCAUGUGUUUUCAGUAUUUUGGCUUAUGUAUGCCUGCAGGUUUGUGUAUGUGUAUUUGUGGGGUGUGUUGGGGGUGUAGGCAUGCACACUUGAAGUCAUUUGUGCUGCAUCAGCCUUGGUCAGUUCCAUAGAAGUUAUCACAUAUAAACAUCAUUCCUGAACAAGCUGUAAUAAUCUUAAUAGGUCAGUAAAUAGAAAACUUAGAUGAAGCUCUUCUUUUGUCAGUCAUAGCAUAGCAUCUUGAUGGUGUAGCUACAUGUCAUAUGGAUUAAACAUAUUGUUAUGUGAUGUCUUCACUAACCAGAAUCAUCAUGACAAUGUCAAAUGUGUAUGAUUUAGAAUCCAUAUUUGACCAUGUGAUAAAUAGAGACAGAUUAGUUUGGUUUUUAGGAUGUGGGUAUAUUAAUCCUUUUUGAUGAUCACUUGUCAAACAUUUAUGAAAUAGGUCUGUGUUCUUUCAGUAUUUCUGCCAGCUGUUUCAUCUCUUUCAACAACAUACAACAAACGUACAAGUCAACUUCAUGUUUAGUGGCCUUCUCCUCCCCACUGCCCCCUUGUGUCCACCAAAGACACUCCAUUCACUUGACUGAAUUUGAGUGAGAAUGGUAGUAGAGUGAAGAUAAGUGCAGCUGGGCAGUGUGUUAGCAUGAACGGAGCUUCCUUCAUCAGAGAAUCAUACUCUUGUGAGAGACGGUAGUUGGUGAAUGUUAGUUUUAGGAACACAUGAUCUAAAGAGAUCCAUUACAAGCAAGCCACCAUUAUUGUUGGUCAGCAGAUUGGCUCUCCUUUUCCUCCACAGCAGAAAAAAGAGAGGGAGAGGACGUCAGUUAGACCUGACGCCCCUGAAGGGCCUGCACUAUGGGACUAAUAGCACUGGAGUGGCUUGAGCACUCCCUUGUACUUUUAUUUUAUAUCUUUUCUUUUUCACAUUAUUUGUUUGAUUUACAUUUUACAUAUUUUCCUGUUUUGGUAGUGAGACAAAGCUUGUACUUGAAGAUUCUCAUUCAAGUACUCAUGAAAAUGAAUGUAAUUUAGUCAUGAGAUUGAAAAACAUACAGACAGUAUGGUAGAUAAUUUCUAUACGCUGACUUGAAAAAUCACAUGUAAUACUGAACCGCUAUGAGGUAUUCAUAUAUAUAUAAACAGUAGUCUUAGGGACAUGUCAAGAAAGUUGGUUUCAGUAUAACCACAGCGCAUGAGAAACAAUUACUUCUUCAGUAUCUUCUGGUGUUGUCUCCGAACUCUCCGUUUUUCCUUCAUAAGUGGUUCUUCAUUUUCAUUUUCUACUGUUUUUUCCAUUGAGGAAAAUUUUCAUUUUUAACCCCUUACUAUAUCAAUUUUAAAUCUAAAACCAAAAAGAGAAGCACGUAUGUUGCCUUAUUUUUUCCCCCAAACAUUGCAAAAGCUUUCUGACUACCACACCUCAAUCUCCACCUCUUUCUCAUCCCUACACCCACUCCCUUUUUAUUCUCAAUAUUUUACCUUCUCCCUUUGAAGUGAGUGUGUCUGAAACUGUGCAAUGAAGUGAAAACUGCAGCACUGUUCAUUUCCUGAGGGUAAAAAAAAAAUGUGAUGAAAGGUUGUGGAUCAUGUACAGGUAGCUUCACUCGGGUGUGGGUACAAGCCUUAAGUUAGCAUUAAAAGAGUUUGUGUGUGAGAGAGAAAUGAUGUGUGGUGGUAAAGGAAAAGGAAACCAAAAACAAGGUCUAUCUCCCUUGAUUAUUACCAUCAAACUUUGAUUUUGGAUCUCUUAUUUGCUGUAUUUAUUCCCCCAUGCCAUAUAAAUAAAAAUUGAACAGUGACACUUUACAAUAAGGUGGUAUUUCUUAACAUUAGUUAACACAAUAUAACUAAACAUGAACUAACAAUGAACAAUACUUUUACAGCAUUAAUUAAUCUUGGUUAAUGUUCAUUUCUACAUAUACUGAUAGUUAAUGCAAUAUGAACAUGAACAAGCAUGUGAAUAAUACUAUGAAUAAUAAGAGUAUUUUGAUAAAUUCACAUUAACCAUGAUUAAUAAAUGCUAUAAAAAACAUUGUUCAUUGUUAGUCCAUGAUACCUUAUGCAUUCAUUAACAAAUAGAACAUUAUUGUAAAGUGUCACAACUUAAUUGAGUCAACUGCCUGUUCUUGUUAUUGGUAAAAAAGUAAAAUGUUAAAUUUGUGUCUGUAAGAAUCAAAACUGUAUUUGUGCAGCAGGUUUACAUAAAAGUCUGAGUAAUUAAAAUAAUUAAUAACUUUGACUUUGUAAAUUGAAUGUAUUUUAUUUGUUAUUUUUUUGUCUCCAGAGUAUUUAAGCCUCUGCCCAAAUAUCGACUGGUAAAUUCUGAAUCAGUAACUGGUUUAAAAAGACUAAAUCCAUAUUUCAACAGCAUAUGUUUACAUUCAAGAUGCCUUUGCAUUUUUUAAUUUAAAUAAGCUAAUAAUAAUAUGCAGAUAAUCUGAACGCACCUUACAAAAAAAAAAAAAAAUUGUAAAAUAAUUUUCUAUGAAAACAUUCUAUACAAAGCAGGAACUUUGAGGAACAUCAUAAUGAGUUAUGUUCUCAUGUUACAGUUCCGUCCAUCAGCAGACAUUCAGACACUCAAGGAAAUUCAGUGGAUAGUAUGCUUGAAAGAGGUCACUUGUGACUGUGUGGGCUCCUCAGCCUUAAAUUAAAAAAAAAUUAUAAUUUAUCGACCAGCUUCUGUAUAGACUACUGAAUAUUUGCACAGAACUAUACAAAAAGAAGAAAAAACCAGAACAUUUGGUUAUCUUAACAACAAAAAACAGCAUCACCUUGUUCCACCCAGAACAAGACUCCUCUAGAUGUUUUCAAUCAAAGUGGCUAAAAUCUACCAGCUACAUAUGUUCUGCACUUGGUCAUAGUUGUAGGCAUGUGACUAAAUUGUCUGGUAUUUAUCUUGUGCCAUUGUUUUAGUGGUCCACAUUAUAUUUGGGCAGUUUCAAAAAAGUGAAAUGUUUGAAAAGUUUAUUUGUGUCUUGACUUUGUGACCAUUUAAUACAGAGGUUUGUUGGCACACAUUGCCAAUUUAAAUCUAUAAACUACAGUUAAUUUCUCUGCUCCUGUUCUCUUUACUCCCUCUGUCCACGCUACAACCAUACAAAUAAAGUAUUAACCUGA